CCGACGCCGUAUGUAGUGGACUGAACAUGGACCCAGGAUGUGCCUAUUUAUGGUUUUCAUAAUAUCAUAUGAUGAUAUAGCCCAACGUUUAUCAGCAAAUUGUCCAACUUUAUUAGCCUAUCAUUAUAUUACAUUAUUAUUAUUACAUUAUCGGUAUAGCCUUGAUCAUUAUUGGUCAAUUUUCGCAAAAAUGACUGUAUUUUGCCGUAAUUGAAUAGCAACCCACAUGAUUUUUUUAUGUACAAUAAUUGCAUUUUUUUAAAUGCACAAUAAUUAGUUGAGGCCUAUUUGAUUUUACGUCACAAAAACCCAAUGCACGCGCAGUAUGUCGUCACAAAGUGUGGGCGUGGCUGGUUCUGAAAAAGCAAGAUCGUGCGCGAGGAUUUUACAGCGUCGCCACAGCACUCGCACGAGCGUACGGUUUUUUAUUAUACCCCAGUGGAGCGUACCCAACUACAAACAAAGAGGAGCCUUGUCAGCCAAGAUUUCUCAAGACGUAAAAAUGCUGGUGAAAUCAAACAGCGAGUAUGACUCCUUCCUCUACUGGAGACAGCCCAUCUCAGCCCCGGACCUGUCCGAGCUGGAAGACCUGGGUGUGACCAACAGCAAGCCAACCAAGAAGAGCAAGAAGGCCACCAAGAAACAGAAUUCUGCCUUAGCUAAGCCAAGGAAGCAGCAAGAGGCACAGGAGGCUGAAUUGUCAGAGUACACCACCUUCAACUACUGGAGAGAGCCUAUCCCCAGCAUCGACCUCCUUGACUUCAACCUGUUUCUGUGAGAACCAUCCCCAUCUCAGCCUCCCAGUCAUAAGACCCUCCCUCUCCUCACACUGACCCCAUCUGGAUAAACAUGGAUUUUGUUAAGUUUCUGGUCCCAAGAAGAAGUACUGAAUCUGUAUUAGUCUGUACUGUGCAUUUUUGUUUAGGAUCCCGCUCCCUUUAAAAAAAAAAACAUUUUAACCUAAAAUGACAUACCCAAAUCUAACUGCCUGACCUGAAGCAAGGAUAUGCAUAUUCUUGAUUCCAUUUGAAGGGAAACACUUUAAAGUUUGUGGAAAUGUGAAAUGAAUGUAGGAGAAUAUAACACAUUAGAUCUGGUAAAAGAUGGUACAAAAAAAAAGCUUAUCUCUUUUUUGUAUUUGAAAUGCAAGAGAAAGGCCAUAAUGCAUUAUUCCAGCCCAGGCACAAUUUAGAUUUUGGACUCUAGAUAGCAGCAGUGUAUGUGCAAAGUUUGAGACUGAUCCAAUGAACAAUUGCAUAUCUGUUCAAAAUGUUGUAUCAAAACUGCCAAAAUGUGCCUGAUCAAGUUUAUAAUUGUGCACUCUCCUCAAACAAUAGCAUGGUAUGAUUUCACUGUAAUAGCUACUGUAAAUUGGACAGUGCAGUUAGAUUAACAAGAAUUGAAGCUUUCUGCCCAUAUCAGAUAUAUCUAUAUCCUGGUAUUUUUUUUGUUUUGUUACUUACAACCUCAUGCUAAUCAUAUUAGCCUACUUAGCUCAACUAGGAGUGGCAGGGUAGCCUAAUGGUUAGAGUGUAACCGAAAGGUUGCAAGUCCAAUUCCCCGAGCUGACAAAGUACAAAUCUGUCGUUCUGCCUCUGAAAAGGCAGUUAACCCACAGUUCCUAGGCCGUCAUUGAAAAUAAGAAUUUGUUCUUAACUGACUUGCCUAGUAAAAUAAAGGUAAACAUUUUUUUUUUAACUGUCCCGUGGGGGGGACUGAUCCCGUAGAGGAUAACCUCCAAAUAAUACUGAAAGGACAUUCUAGGGAGUUCUGCUUAGGUUUUCUCCACAUGAGGGCUACAUGACUCGAUCACUAAUUUCAACAAACAUAACUACCUAGAAAUGGCAAUAAGGUGAACCUUUAAAUUAUUAUAAAUAGUUAAAUUUCACACUGACUGCAAGGCUCCUGUCUCACAUUAAGGACUUACACAUUCAUAAUUUGUGAGAGAACUUGAGUAUGCUACAUCACAUUUUUUAACAAAUGCUAAGUGCUGUCGCAUUUUUAGCCUCACCUAAAACAGGCUUGAAGGGUAGUGCCAACCCGAGCCUUGGAGAGUGUCUGCAUGUUGUAUUUAUAAGUAGUUAUUUUUAAGUAGUAGAAAGUAAAGCACCUCCACACAGAACAGAUAUUUUAGAAGCUCUUAGGGAGCCACAAGCAUGACUGUCUUUUGCGCUUUGUAUUGAUUUGUUUCAGACACUGAACUGACUGGCUCAAACCCACCCAAUUAAUUAAUUUAGUAUGCUGCUUUUAGCCUACCAUAAGUAGGCCUCAACAGAGUGCAAUGACUGAGGAUAAAUGUUAGAGAUUCCAAUGCAGAGCUGAUCAACUGUUUUCUUUACUUUCUGCAUAGACCACCGGUACGUACCGUCUGAAUGUCAAGGAAAGAAUGGAUUGAAAUGUUUAAUGAAAUAAGGGAAAGGAAUGUUUUUGUGCCAGACUGAUGUUGCACAUGGUCUUGAAAGUACGGUAGUACACACUCAAAUUUUGGAUACUUUUAAUCAUAAAUCUAACUUGUGCAAUGAGCAGUAGAUUCCCAAAUGUGACUCAGAUUAAGAGAUUAAGAUAUGCACAGGAUAUCAAUACACUUUGUUUACCAUGAGAAAUAAUCUCAAACUAAAGGGCUAGAACAUGCAGCAUUUUUUGAGGAUACAGUGCCUUUGGAAAGUAUUCAGGCCCCUAGACUUUGUCCACAUUUUGUUACGAUGCAGCCUUAUUCUAAAAUUGAUUAAAUACAAAAAUCCUCUCAACACACACUACCCCAUAAUGACAAUGUGAAAACAGGCUUAUUUACAUAAGUAUUCAGACACUUUGCUAUGAGACUCAGGUGCAUCCUGCUUCCAUUGAUCAUGCUUCAGAUGUUUCUACAACUUCAUUGGAGUCCACCUGUGGUACAUUCAAUUGAUUGGACAUGAUUUGGAAAGGCACACACUUGUCUAUAUGAGGUCCCACAUUUGACAGUGCAUGUCAGAGGAAAAACCAAGCCAUGAGGUCGAAGGAAUUGUCUGUAGAGCUCUGAGACAGGAUUGUGUUGAGGCAAAGAGCUGGGGCAGGGUACUAAAAAAUGUCUGCCGCAUUGAAGGUCCCCAAGAACACAGUGGCCUCCAUUCUUAAAUGGAAGAAGUAUGGAAUCACUAAAACUCUUCCUAGAGCUGGCCUCCUGGCCAAACUGAGCAAUCGGGGGAAACGGGCCUUGGUCAGGGAGGUGACCAAGAACCCGAUAGUGAUUGUGAUAGAGUUCCUCUGUGAAGAUGGGAGAACCUUCCUGAAGGACAACCAUCUCUGCAGCACUCCACCAAUCAGGCCUUUGUGGUAGAAUGGCCAGACAUAAGCCACUCUUCAGUAAAAGGCACAUGAGAGCCCUCUUGGAGUUUGCCAAAAGGCACCUAAAGACUCUCAAAUCAUGAGAAACAAGAUUCUUUGGUCCGAUGAAACCAAGAUUGAACUCUUCUGCCUGAAUAAUAUAAUAUAAUAAUAAUAUGCCAAGUGUCAUCUUUGGAGGAAACCUGGCACUAUCCCUACUGUGAAGCAUGGGGUCAGAAUCAUGCUGUGGGGAUGUUUUUCAGUGGCAGGGACUGGGAGACUGGUCAGGAUCGAGGGAAAGAUGAACGAAGCAAAGUACAGAGAUCCUUGAUGAAAAUCUGCUCCAGAAUGCUCAGGACCUCAGACUGGGGAGAAGGUUCACUUUCCAACAGGACAUCGACCUUAAGCACACAGCUAAAACAAUGCAGGAGUGGCUUUGAGACAAGUCUCUGAAUGUCCUUGAGUGGCCCGGACUUGAACCUGAUCGAACAUCUCUGGAGAGACCUGAAAAUAGCUGUACAGCGACGUUCCCCAUCCAACCUGACAGAGGUUGAGAAGAUCUGCAUGGAAGAAUGGUAAAAACUCUCCAAAUACAGGUGUGCCAAGCUUGUAUCGUCAUAUCCAAGAAGAUUUGAGGCUGUAAUCUCUGCCAAAUGUGCUUCAACAAAGUACUUAUGUAAAUGUUUUAUUGCCAUUUUUUUGUUUUUAUACAUUUGCAAAAAUGUCUGAAAACGUGUUUUUGCUUUGUCAUUAUGGAGUAUUGUUUGUAGAUUGAGGGGGCGGGGGAAUGAUUUAAUCAAUUUUAGAGUAAGGCUGUAACGUAACAAAAUGUGGAUAAAGUCAAGGGGUCUGAAUUCUUUCCGAAUGCACUGUACGCACAUAAGCAUUAAACGAUAUUUAAACAUUUUGAAAUAAAUUGAGAAGUUAAGGUUUCAUUUUUCAUGACACUUACAAAAACAUGUCAUAGGCGAGGUUGUUUCAUCAAAGGGCUUCAGUGUAACAAUGUCCAUGCACCUUAUAUGCCUAAAAUUGACAGUUUGUGAACAGGUCUUGUUAAAUAAAGAUGCUUCUUGAACACCUCCAACUGCCAGAGAAGGGUGUGGACUCAUGUUUUGUCCAUCAGACACCCAGUAAAAUAUAUGGUUUAGUGGAUAAUUAUUAGCUUUUUCAGGAUUCUUAUUCGAAUAAUAUGAAACCACCUUACAUACACAGCCAAAUAUAUUUAAACUCAGUUUUUCACAAUUCCUGAUAUUUAAUCUUAGUAAAAAUUCCUUGUCUUAGGUCAGUUAGGAUCACCACUUUAUUUUAAGAAUGUGAAAUGUCAGAAUAAUAGUAGAGAGAAUUAUUUAUUACAGCUUUUGUUUCUUUCAUCACAUUCCCAGUGGGUCAGAAGUUUACAUACACUCAAUUAGUAUUUGAUAGCAUUGCCUUUAAAUUGUGUAACUUGGGUCAAAUGAUUCGGGUAGCCUUCCACAAGCUUCCCACAAUAAGUUGGGUGAAUUUUGGCCCAUUCUUCUGGACAGAGCUGGUGUAACUGAGUCAGGUUUGUAGGCCUCCUUACACGCACACACUUUUUCAGUCCUGCCCACAAAUGUUCUAUAGGAUUGAGGUCAGGGCUUGGUGAAGGCCACUCCAGUACCUUGACUUUGUUGUCCUUAAGCCAUUUUGCCACAACUUUGGAAGACCCAUUUGCGACCAAGCUUUAACUUCCUGACUGAUGUCUUGGGAUGUUGCUUCAAUAUAUCCACAUAUUUUCCAUCCGCAUGAUGCCAUCUAUUUUGUGAAGUGCACCAGUCCCUCCUGCAACAAAACACCCCCACAACAUGAUGCUGCCACCCAUGUGCUUCGCCGUUGAGAUGGUGUUCUUCGGCUUGGAAGCCUCCCCCGUUUUCCUCCAAACAUAACGAUGGUCAUUAUGGCCAAACAGUUCUAUUUUUGUUUCAUCAGACCAGAGGACAAGUACAAUCUUUGUCCCCAUGUGCAGUUGCAAACCGUAGUCUGGCUUUUUUAGGGCAGUUUUGGAGCAGUGGCUUCUUCCUUGCUGAGCGGCCUUUCAGGUUAUGUCGAUAUAGGACUCAUUUUACCGUGGAUAUAGAUACUUUUGUACCCGUUUCCUAAAGCAUCUGCUGUUCUAUAAUUGAUUUGUACUUUUUGCACCAAAGUACGUUCAUCUCUAGGAGACAGAACGCGUCUCCUUCCUCAGCGGUAUGAUGGCUGCGUGGUCCCAAUAGUACUUCAGUAGUAUUGUUUGUACAGAUGAACGUGGUAUCUUCAGGCGUUUGGAAAUUGCUCCCAAGGAUGAACCAGACUUGUGGAGGUCUACAAUUUUUUUCUUGGCUGAUUUCUUUUGAUUUUCCUAUGAUGUCAAGCAAAGAGGCACUGAGUUUGAAGGUAGGCCUUGAAAUACAUCCACAGGUACACCUCCAAUUGACUCAAAUUGUGUAAAUUUGCCUUUCAGAAGCUUCUAAAGCCAUGGCAUACUUUUCUGGAAUUUUCCAAGCUGUUUAACAGCAGUCAACUUAGUGUAUGUAAACUUCUGACCGACUGGAAUUGUGAUACAGUGAAUUAUAAGUGAAAUAAUCUGUCUAUAAACAAUUGUUGGAAAAAUUACUUGUGUCAUGCCCAAAGUAGAUGUCCUAACCGACUUGCCAAAACUAUAGUUUGUUAACAAGAAAUUUGUGGAGUGGUUGAAAAACAAGUUUUAAUGAAAUUGUCUUCCUUUUAGUUGUUCAUUUUCUCGAAAUCUAAAGGCACAACGUAGAUUCAAGCAUUUUUUGGGGGCGGGGGAGUUUGCCUGUUAUAGAUGUUAUUUUGGAUGUCACAUAUCAGUUGGCAAACAAUGUAAAAAAAUUAAAAAAAUC